AUGUCAAAAGCACCUGAUAAGGAGCCGUCAUACUGCAUAGUGCCUUUCAUGUUGUGGAACAACUGGAUCACGCUACGGAGUCUUGGUGGGCAGCCAAUCUUUGCCAGGACGAUGAAUAGUCAAUCCCUGCUGACAAAGUCGUUUGCUUUGGUAAGGUCUAAGAAGGCGAGGAAGAGGGGCUUGUGUUGCUCUCUGUACUAUUACUACAGUUGCCUGAUAGAGAAGUUCAUAUCUAUAGUUGAUCUCUCUGAGCAGAGCGCGCACAUCGACUCUGGAAACAUAUUAGAAAGCUUAUGUAGUCUGUUCAGGACGAUACGUGCGAAGACCGAAGCUGGAUUGACCUCUCCAGCGCGCAAGUCUGGCCAAGAUGGUAUGGAGGGUCAGGUGUUGCCCAUGCAAAAGACCACCUUACUGCACGUAAGCUGCUCUGAAAUGGGUCUGUCACAGAAGAAUGUGUUUAAUCAACAAGUGAAAUCUCCUACACCAACACCGGAUGUUUCGCCUGAUUUUCCUGAUCAACAACGCUACAAGCGUAUUCGCAUGAUUCCAGACACCUGCAACCCAGGAACCUUUGGUUCUAACUGCUCCAACAUUUGUCAUUGUGUAAACAAUGAAACGUGUAUCCAUGUUGACGGUGGCUGUCCCAAUAACCAAUGCGCAGCUGGAUGGACGCAUGCCAACUGUAGCAUAGACGUCAGCCUGUUAUCGUCUAGCAACGAAAAUCUCGUUCUAUGUGAUGACAAUGAUUACUACAGCUUCAAGACACUUGGCUCGGGAAUAAAAAUCCAUGAACUAUGGGGCUACAUUCACGAGAAGUGUCAAAGUGGUUCAACAUUUUUUGAAGAAGAGUUUAAAGGCUUUGAAAAGGCAAAGAAAUUUAUCGCGUCUCAGGGGACUACCGAGAAAAAUUUAGAUGACUUCUGGCGUAUGAUAUGGCAGCAGAGAGUAGACAAGAUUGUGAUGCUGACAAAUUUGAUUGAAAUGGGAACGGGACAUGAUACCAGGGUAGUAAAGCAGUUUCAUUUCAAGUCAUGGCCAGACAAAGGUGUUCCCGACACAGCCUGGUGCCUAGUAGACUUCUGGAGAGCGGUGAAUACUCAGGAUGAGCAUCAGCCACCAAUUCUUGUUCACUGCAGCGCAGGUGUUGGGCGAACAGGAACAUUUAUUGCUAUUGACAAUCUUAUCACACAAGCACAAAUUGAAAACUGUGUCAGACCAUUCCAGAUUGUCGAGGCAUUACGUGAACAAAGGGUCAGCAUGGUUCAAACAAAGGAACAAUACGCCUACCUACACGAGGCUCUGGCGGAAGCUCUCCUGGUGGGGACACACCACGUGAUGACAAGACAGUUUGAAAGUGUUCACCAGUUCAUGAUCGGAAACGAUAGCAUUACGACAACAACCCGACUUGAUAAACAGUUAGAAUUGUUAAAGCGAAGUGUCGAGAGUCGUGAGGGACAUUUGCAACUAGUGACAAGACCAGAAGCAGAAUAUGGAAAUAUUGGACCAAAUGUGACUGAAAUAGAUGUAUAUCGACCACAACAACAAAUAAUAAGUGAACCACCAGAUGAAAUAAAUAUCCAUGCAUCCAAUGCACUGACGGGAAUAAUUGUGCUUCGCAAACCGAACGAACAACAGCUGCCUAUGUUUUGGUCUCGUCUCGAAAAGCUCGGCUCGAUAACGUUGAUAGAUCUAGCUUCGGGUGAUAUCGAAAUGAAGCACCUACUUAUUAACAGAAAAGACGGAACACGUGCCACAAAAGGUCCAUCUUCUAUCAAAGAGGAACACCAACAUGGAUUUGCUGAAAUAACGUAUUCCAUGACACACGAGGCUUUCCGCGACAAAACCAUAAAACACUUCGUGCUGUCUUCGUGGAAAGAAGGAGAUAUACCGACAGACAGGAAACCAUUGCUUGAGAUGAUAGGGGCGGUGCACGCCUGGCAAUCCGAAAUGGCAGACGACACGCCGAUUUUGAUAUUAGACAGUUGUGGAUUCCGGAAAUGCGGAGUCGUCGCUGUUUUAUUGAACGAGAUUUAUCGCAUAUUAGAACAGAAUGGGCGGAUUAACAUCGUACAAUCAGUCAGGACGAUGGUGCACGAAAAUAGUCUUCUCAUCCGCAGCAAGAUGCAGUUCAAGUUCUGCUAUGAUACGAUAUUGGACUUUGUUCACCAGCAAGGGGUUUAUCAGAAUCAUUAA